AUGACGCCCCGCUCGACUACUACAAAGUUCCCUGUCGUGUUCAUUCACGGCAUAUUUGGCUUUGGCAAGAUGCGUUCGAUGUGGAACCGUUGGGCGUCGUAUUGGCCUGAGAAGGUUCUAAACGAACUCAACGAGAACCACAUUGUGCUACUUGUUGGACCGCUGACUUCCAACCACGACCGAGCAUGUGAAGCUUUCUACCAGCUCUAUAGUGGCCAAGUUGACUACGGUGAGCAACACAGUCGAGAAACUGGACAUGAACGUUUUGGAGACACGUAUAAUACGUCGUUACAUUCGCGUUGGAAUGAAUCCAAUCCGAUUCAGUUGGUAGGCAGCUCUUGUGUUGUACCAGUUGCUAUGUGAUGAUUACUUCAAGGUGGGCAGUGACUAUCGGUGGGUAAAAAGUAUCGUAUCAAUUGCUGGACACUUACAGGGGCCACAAUGGCGCAUAUGGUCGGUGUUGUUAACGGUUAAAUGCGUCGAGGAAGUCCGAUUUAUCUUGUGUACGUCGCCUUUGUGCUGUGGUUCAAGCUUUAUCAAGCUUUUCCAGUACUCAAACCAGCUUGUGACGUGCACUGGGAUCAAUGGAGUAACGUAUCGAUGAUGGAUAUGUUGGUUGUGAAUGGACCGGUGAACGAGUCCAAGGACUUGGGAGUGCACGAUAUUAUACCAUCACGAUCAAACGCAACGCUCGACUCGAGUACUUGGACAAGCUACACUUACUGACUAUUGUGUCCUCGUCCAAGAUUAAAGCUUCUCCUAUUCGAGAUGGCAUGGUGUUGUCUCUAUUGGUAAUGUUAAUUUGUCGUCAUGGAGAAUUUCGAGCGUGGCGAGAUUUUUUCACAAAAAUUCAGUUUGUGCGGGUCUUGUCGGCUGUUUACUUGCUGCACAAAGUGAGACGGAUGAAUGCAGUGAUGCCGAUUUUGGAUGUUUUUAAGUGGAUUAACCACCGUCACGCUAGAGCUCUGCCGCCUGUAGUUCCUGGUUGUGAUUCUCACGAUUGGAUACUGAACGAUGAUUGUGUCAAUACACAUUCGAUGCGAGAACCGUGGCAUCC